UGGAAUUUUCCCUCCCACAAAUUCUAUUGGCUGUUCAUGGCAGCUUGAUCGUUUAAAUCUUGAUGCUGUCCUUCCUCUCCAGCUCAGCACAGUGCUGCUUCAAACAACAGUCUGGGGUCUCGAGUUUUUGAGGCAAAAAAACAUGAGGUCAAAGCAGGGAAUCAUUGUGUGUCUGACAGCCCUUCUGACAGCGAUCUGUGAUGCAGGGCCCCCGACUUUAUCUGUGACCACCGUUAAGCAAGAGCCGUACACAAUGCCCAAGGGCACCGAGCUGGAGGGGUACUGCAUGGACCUGCUCUCGGAGCUUUCAAAGAAGCUGAACUUCAAGUACAACGUGCACCUGGUGAAGGACGGCAACUACGGGCGGCAGGAUGAGCGCGGCAACUGGAAUGGGAUGAUCGGGGAGGUGCUGAGAGGGGAGGCGGACCUAGCUGUGGCUCCGCUGACGCUGACCGCCACUCGCGAGAAGUUUGUGGACAUGAGCAAACCCUUCAUGCAGACGGGAAUCAGCUUCAUCCUUCACAAAGACAUGCGCUCCAGCGAUCCAGACUUGUUCAGCUUCCUCAGCCCCUUCUCCACGGAGACCUGGGUCGGCAUCCUGGUCGCAUACCUGGUGACAGGAGUGUGCAUCUACGUCGUCUCCAGGCUGAGUCCGUGCGAGUGGAGCGAGCCCCAGACGGAGGAGAACAGCUUCUCGCUCAUGCACAGCCUCUGGUACACAGCCGGGGCCGUCGCCUUGCAAGGCGCUGGGCCCCACCCCAAGGCCCUUUCUGGACGCGUGAUCGUCGCCAUCUGGUGGUUCUUUGCAGUAGUACUCCUCGCUAGUUACUUUGCUAACUUGAGCUCCGCUCAGCAGUCGGACAAACCGCAGGUUUCCCUGGCGACCUUCGAGGACCUCGCCAAUCAGGAUAUGGUUGAAUACGGAACCCUCAGUGCCUCUUCCACCAUGACGUUCCUUAAGAAUUCCAACAACCUAUUGUAUCGCAGGAUCUAUGAGAAUAUGGAGAGAAAAAAAAGUUUAGUAUCAUCAUUUGAUGAGGGAAUCCGCAGGGCGCAGAAGGGUAACUACGCCUUCAUCGGAGAGUCCGUGUCCCUGGACCUGGCGGUGUCACGCUACUGCAACCUGGUCCGCAGCCGUGAGGUGAUCGGAAUGAGGGGGUACAGCAUCGUGGGGCCUAUAGGCUCACCCAUGAUGAAGAAUGUCAGUGUGGCCAUUCUGCAGCUGAGCGAGGCCGGCGAGCUGGACUUCCUGCGCAACAAGUGGUGGUCCAACAGCUGCGUGCAGGAGGGGUCCGGGGCCUCCUCGGUGCACCCACACUGCCUGAAGGGAGCGUUUGUGGUGCUGGGCCUGGGCCUGGGCCUCGGGGUGAUGCUGGCCCUGCUGGAGCUCAUCUCCAGCUCCCGGAAGAGUGCCAAAGAGCAAAAGAAAAAUUGCUGUUCCGUGCUGUCGGCAGAGCUGAGUCAGCGUCUGGGGACGAGUGGAGCUCAGAAGACACAGGAGACCACAGACAAAAGCAAACCAUAAGCACCUGGCCUCCAUUAAAACAAUACAUACUAACCAGGCCUGAAAAUGCAGUUGCCGAUUUAUUCAUGACUGUUCCAUUAACCUCUCUUACAAGUGGACGCUUCUCAACACUCUGUAGGAAGCCUGUCAGAACCUGUGGAACUUUUCAGAAGUGAGCUGAUUAGUCUGAGUACAGGAUACGCUGUAAUAUCUCACUCCUGUUAUAUUUUGCAUGUGUUUAUAUUACGUUCAUUUUUUAUUGUUGUUAUUAACAGAAUUUGCCACGUAUGAGCUGCGGGAUUCUUGUUUUGAUAUUCCUGUGUUUUUGAUGCACUAAACAAUAAAAUCUGUGUUAUGUGGAUAAAAA